AUGGCAAGAAUCGUUUCAUCUUCCUUUACACGCCUCUCCACCCAAUUCACAACGCGCCUCUUCUCAACCACCGCCGCACUCUCCAAACCUUCAUCCCUCACUCUGCUUCGUUUCGUCCCUAUGUCCCAAACCAUCCGCCAAUCACUCAAUACGGCUGCUCGUUUCGGCGGAAUUCACAGCCGUGCCUAUUACUCGUCGAGCUUGUCAGAUGGCGGCCUCGAUUACAAACACUGGGUCAUCGCUAUGGAUAAUCCUGGUGGUAAAGAUUCUUCUUGGCAGGAGAAGAUUGAUUGUUACAUACAAACCCUAGGACACGUUCUUGGAAGUGUGGUGGAAGCUAAGAAGAAGAUUUACAGUGUGUAUUGUUUCAAGAAAGAGUUUGGAUUUGGCUGCGAGAUUGACGAGCAAACCAAGAAUAACCUCGGAGUGAUGCCUGGAGUUAUGUUUAUACUUCCUGAUGUAUACAUGGAUAUUCAGAAGAAAUACUAUGGUGGUGAAUUACUUGUGAAUGGAGAGGUUGUCUAGAGACAACCUCCUUUGAGUUCGGCUGAGAUGGUGAGUUUGGUGUUAAUCGGUAUAUAGUUCCCCAAACCCUCCACUAUCCAUUGUUCCGUAAGAAAAAACAAAGUGUUUCCUGUAAGUCCCAUAUCGGUACGCUACAUGACUAAGAAAGAGCUUCCUAACUAUAUGUAAUGGAUUAUGAUGUUAUUUUUGAUAGACGUCAAGCAAACGGAAGCGCCCAUGCUCUUGCACGGGCAGCUAUGUCGCAUGCUUACGGUGUUAUUUUGAUACUAU